GUCGAUUACCUGAAUCCUCCCGAUCCCUUCGAGACUUCAAAACUAGGAGAGGGGACAAUCAGAAGUCCAGGAAACCUCAAGCGAUCGACACAUCGAAUCCAUUCGAAGUUCAGGAGUAAAUCACAAGGAAAACCACAUAUCCGAGAGACAUGGCAGUACUGAGGAUCACCGCAACCAUUGUGUGCCUAACCAUCAUUCUUUCUGGCAAUGCGCUGGGCGCAUCCAUAUCUAGCGGAACCGGAUUCGGAAUCGGAACUGGAAUUGGAAGCCAAGGACGACCCCAGAGGAUCGGGGAGUGCCGGGAGCUCUGCUACCGCCAGUCCCUGCCGAUGAUCACGCCCCCCCUCCUCUGCCGAUCCCGGCCAGAGUGCUACAUGUGCCACGACUACUGCCGCGUCCUCGAGGUCGUCCAGCUGAGUCUGGCCACGUCGAUGUGCGCGGAUCGGGAGUUCUGCACCCGGGGAUGUCGGGUGGCCUGCUCCUAUCAUCGCCUGGGCCUGGGCCUGGGCCUGGGCCUGGGACUACUCCACCAGGACACGAGUGCCAAUGCGGUGCUCAAGAACUGUUGCAGUUGCUGUUUCUGGCCCGAUCCCGAUCCCGAUCCCGAGCCCGAUCCGGUCUGGAUGUUGGCUUUAUUAAUCACCGGCGGCCAGGAGGCCAAAAAGCAGGAGGAUGAGCAGCAGCAGCAGGAGCAUGAGGUUCGAAGUUGA